AGUCACACAGCUCUUGUGUGAUCGUGUGCGAAAUUAACAGCCCCAGAAGGGGCAGGUUCAGAGGUGAGGACAGGAAACGGAAGUGGCCCUCAGAGGCUGUUUAAGUCUUGUUGGCGCGCGGCACUAAAGCGAGUGCACGAGGGUUUGUGGCGUGACAGUCAUCAGUGAUUUUGAGGUGAUGGCUUUGUUGGCUUUUGGGAAUGACAGUUUGUGGGGUCAGUUGGUGGGGAAUUAAAAAGUCUGGUGAAUGGGAGUGUAUGCGGGUCAGGGAGGGAUGGAGGCUUCUGAGGUAGUCAGUUUUUAGAUUCCUUGCUGCAUUUUGUUGUCAAGUCCUAAUAGUGUGUGUGCGUUUAGAUUUUUUCCUCAGUCUCCCCAGAGAUUUGCUAAUUUUAUUAGCCUUUCCAAACAACCAACUUUUGGCUUUGUUGAUCCUCUCUGAUGUACCUUUGUUUUCUCUUUCCCUAAUUCCUGCUAUCUGUGCUAUUUUCUCUUUUAUCUAACUUCUUAAAUUGGUUGUUAAUUCAUUAAUGUUCAGCCUUUCUUUGUUAAAAUGCAUUUGAAAACAUGAAUUUCCCUUUAAGAGUCUCUUUAGUUGCGUUCCACAAAAUGUUAUAUACACCAUCUUAUUAUUGAGCUUUGUGUUUAAUUUUUCUCUUUCAUUUAUUCUUUACAUUACUAUAAUGUUUUGGGAGAGUUGACAUUUUAAUUAAAUUUUUUAUCCAGGGAUAUGGUAUGUUUGUGUGACUAUUUUAUAUUUGUCAAUUUUUUUAACUUUUUAAAUUUAUAGGUGCAGCUCCUUAAAGAGUUUAUUUUACAUAUUUUAUAUUUUUCUUGUUAUCAUUACUAACGGAUUUUUUUCCCGUUUUCAUUUGGUCAUUAUUAUACAGGGAAAAAACUAUCUGAUCUUGUAAUUUUAUCUUGUAUCCAGCCCCUUAUCAAAUUACCCUAUGACUUCUGGUAGAGUCUGGGGUAGGUUUUCUAUGUAUAAAAUCAUAUCACUGGCAAAGAAAGCUACAUUUUCAUUUCUUUGCAAUAUUUAUUCUGAUUAUUUCGUCUUCUAUUGUGUGAUCUAGAGCCAGAAAAAACAAUUUUGAGUUGUAUCAGACAUCCCUAUCUUUUUACUAAUUUUAAUGGCAGUUGCUUCAUCAUUUUACUUUUUAGCAUAGUAUUUCAGGGAUGUGUUUUGUAAAUGAUUUUUGUGAUAUUUAAGUGAUUUACUUCCUCCCUAAUUUUAGUUUGAGUUUUUAUUAGUAAUGACUGCUGAAUUGUGUCAAAUGCUUUUUUGGUGUAAGUUAAAACCAGCAUGUUUCCUCCACCCCCCUAAUUUGUUGAUUUAAUCAAUAUUAUUAAUGUUGAAUCAUCUUCUGGAAAGAAGAGGCUCAGAGCUUCUCCGCAGAAGAAUUUAAGAGGGAUUUUUCACCCUAAAAUGGUGAAAUAAUUAAAGUGGACAGAAGAGACCCCUUUCAUUAAGAUUACCAGGUUUCCAGGUUUUUUGCCGCCACAGUCACUCACCAGGACCCCAUGGACAAGUCCUUCCCCUGCCUACCCCAUGGGGCUUCAGCACCAUUCACUGCCUCACUUUCACCUUCUCCCCAAACCCAGAUCUGCCGUGAACCUGGAAUUGAGGAUUUGUUGGUGUCUCUGUGGAGCUGUUGAACUUUCCGCAUAUUGGAGGCUGCAGGAUCUUCCAUUUAUUCUGACUGCAGCCCACGUACAAAGGCCUCUCCAGCUUUGGAAGGUGGGCUGGUACUCAGAGUCAACAUGCCAGCUAAUGGGAAAUCACCCCAGAGGUUUCCUGCCCUGGUUCCAGGACAACCUGGCAGAUCAUUUGAGAUUGUUGUUACAGGGAUCUGUGUCAUUUGAAGACGUGGCUGUGGAUUUUACCCGACAGGAGUGGUACAGACUGGACCCUGCCCAGAGGACCAUGCACAAGGAUGUGAUGCUGGAGAACUACAGCAACCUGGCGUCUGUGGGCCUCUGCGUGGCCAAACCAGAGAUGAUCUUCAAGUUGGAGCGAGGGGAAGAACUGUGGAUAUUAGAGGAGGAAUCCUCAGACCAUGGUUACCCAGGCUCUCUGUCACUGCUGUGUGCCAACAAUUCUGUUGCGGGUAAUGCCCUCAGUCAUGAUAAUGACCUUCAGCAUCAGAAGCUUCAAACUUUGGAUCAAACUGUUGAAUAUGGGAAAGCCUUCUACAAGAGAACAGCCUUUGUUGGACAUAAAAGAACACACACAGGAGAGAAAAACUUUGAAUGUCAUGAAUGUGGGAAAACUUACUGCAGGAAAUCAAAUCUUAUUGAACAUCUGAGAAUACACACAGGCGAGAGACCCUAUAAAUGUGGUGAAUGUGCAAAAACCUUUAGUGCAAGAUCAUACCUCAUUGCUCAUCAGAAAACUCACACAGGGGAGAAGCCCUUUGAAUGUAAUGAAUGUGGAAAAUCUUUUGGCAGGAAGUCACAACUCAUUCUACAUCGGAGAACACACACAGGAGAGAGACCCUAUGAAUGCACUGAGUGUGGGAAAACCUUUUCUGAGAAGGCAACCCUCAUGAUUCAUCAGAGAACUCACACAGGGGAGAAACCCUAUGAAUGUGGCGAAUGUGGGAAAACAUUUCGUGUUAAGAUAUCCCUUACUCAACACCAGAGAACUCACACAGGGGAGAAACCCUAUGAAUGUGGUGAUUGUGGGAAAAACUUUCGUGCAAAAAAAUCCCUAAACCAACAUCAAAGAAUUCACACAGGCGAGAAACCCUAUAAAUGUGGUGAAUGUGGAAAAUUCUUCAGAAUGAAGAUGACUCUCAAUAAUCACCAGAGAACUCAUACAGGUGAAAAACCCUAUCAGUGUAACGAAUGUGGGAAAUCUUUCAGGGUGCACUCAUCUCUUGGAAUACAUCAGCGAAUUCACACAGGAGAGAAACCUUAUGAAUGUAAUAAAUGUGGUAAUGCCUUCUAUGUCAAAGCACGCCUCAUUGAACAUCAGAGAAUGCAUUCAGGAGAGAAACCCUAUGAAUGUAGUGAAUGUGGAAAAAUCUUCAGUAUGAAGAAGUCCCUGUGUCAACAUCGGAGAACUCAUGUAGGAGAGAAACUUUAUGAAUGAAGUGAAUGCAGGAAUGCCUUCUAUGUGCAAGUAUGCCUCAUUGACACAGGAGAGAGACCCUUUGAAUGUCAAGGAUGUGGGAAAGCCUUCUGCCAGAAAGCACACCUCAGAGAACAUCAGAGAACUCACUUAGGCCAGCCCUUGCCUUGUACUAUGGAGAAAGCUUCUCUAAGAAGAUUCCCCUCACCAUUUGACCAAACUCUUUGGGCCAUCUGAUUACUGGUGCACACAGAGUGCACUUGUAACAAUUUGGCUCUUAUGUUGGUGUGAAAAUUGUCCUGAUCGCCUUAGGGAGUGGCUCAUUGUUGUUUUCAUUUCAUUUGGAUUUCCCUAAUUAGUGGUGAGGUUGAACAUUGGCUUACCUGUUGACUGGCCAUUUGUUUUAUUUCGUCUGUGCAAUGACUGUUCAUAUCCUUUGCUCAUUGUUUUCUAAUGGGCUGUUUAUCUUUUACUUCUUGGUUUAAAUGUUGUUUUUCUUGUUUUUUUUUAAUAUGUGAAAAUAUAAAAAUCCUUUUUCAGUCAUGUGUGUUGCAAAUAUCUCCUCUCAGACUGUGACUGGUUAUUUAAUUUUUUUAACUCUUUUCUUCUGCUGAAGUUUUAUGUUUUCAUAUUAUUGGUUUCAAGGUGAUAAUAUUCUCCUAUACUUUCCUCUAAAGUGAAGGUUUCACUUUCAACAUUUAGAAUUUUAAUCUACCCUAAAUUUUUUCUUUGUAGUAUGACGUCUACAAUAUAUAAUGCUGUAUUUCUUUUAAAUACUUUACAUCAGUGGUAUCACACUAUUUUUAAACUUAUGCAACUUGCUUUUUUUCACGAAGUGUUACAUUUCCAAGAUCUAUCCAUGUUGAUAAAUAUAUUUAUUUAUUUCUCCAUUCCCCUAGUGAAAGACAUUUGUAUCAUUUUUGUGUUUUGUGUUUAAAUCUAGAAGUGGAAAUGAUGGGUCCAGGGUGUAGACAGUAUGCCAGUUAUUAAUCUAUUGUGCUUCAGCUCCAAACCUACCCUUCUAUACUCGGCUUUGUGAUGCUGGGGCCAUGACUCUACAGAACACGUUUCUGUCUUGCCAGCUGCUACUCCCUGUUGGGUCCUACCAGUAAGAGAUACUAAAUAUAAAUAUUGAGUCUGCGGAAGGAAGAAGGGACUUGCUCCUUUUUUCCUUCUGGUUGGCUCCCUGUUCAUCUGUCAGCCCAGCAUUGCUUCUUCACUUGGGCAGCAGCAGUUCCUCAUGGUAGCAGCAGUUUAAUCCAGUUUUCACUUUUCCAGCACUAACAGCUUUAGGGUACCCCACCCCCUCAGAGACCUAGCAGCAUCUGGCUGGUGCCACCUCCUUAGAGGUAUGAAUCCCAGUCACAUGAGACCCUGCUUCCAACCUUCUAUUUUUAAUAAUUCCAACUUCUUCCCUUGUUACCCUAGGCCAGCUGCUUUCUGCAGUUGCUACCUCCAUGAUAAUUUUAAUGUUCUCUUUUUGUCUUUUAAGUUACGUGGUUAAUAACUUCAUCACUAGUUAAAAAUUCAUUUUAAGUUCUCUCUGUUAAAAUAAUCAGUAUGGUUUCUGUCUCCUAACUGGGUUCUGAUUGAUAUAGAAGUUUUUCAACUUGACUAAAUUUUAAAGUUAAAAAAAUUGCACUAAUUUACACUCUCAUGAGCAGUUUGAGAAAAAGUUUACAUUUUCACACAUAUUCACCAGGACUUAUCUGUUUUUUUAAAAUUGUUGCCGAUCUGAAAGGUGUAAAAUGGCUUAAGCCCUCCCAUCCAUGAAUAUGGUUUGUCUUUUUAUUUAACUCACCUUUUAAAAUUUUAAAUAGUAUUGUAUGGUUUUCUCUAAGAAAUUGUCUUUGAAAGUUAAUCUUUUAAUAGAAAAUUUGCUCAUGUACAUGUAUAUACAUAUAUAUUAAAAAUAUUAUGUAUU